UGCACUUGGCUUACAAAAACGACGACCUUAAUUGUCAAUUCAAAUAGUUGUUAUACAAGAGAAGUGUGUCUAGAGUAAAGUGGAGGAGGACGAACCGGCUACAUUUCUAAAAAGAAAAUUCACCACACAGUAUAGUGAAGUAGCCAGCAUGGUUCGGUUGCGAGCAAAGCGGUAGAGCUUAAGAUGUGCUUGAUUAGUUGAAAAAUAGAGUGUGUUUUUCAGUGUGAUUUUUUAUUCAAAUAAAAAUGGAAUUUGUAAAGCACACGCUACUUUUUUGUUGCUUUGCUCUUUGGGAGAUCGAGGCCGUGCUGAAUAAACGAAACGGCGGCGUCCAAAGCUUUGUUCAAAAUUACAACGGGCAUUUCGACACCACCAUACAUAAGGUGUCUUUCACGCAAAAAGGCUACAUCCAGUUUUUGCGAUACAUAACUCAUGUGCCACCCUUGAGCGACUAUACGUUCUGCAUCUGGGUCAGGAGCCACAACUUGACUUAUGCCCAUCCCCUACUUUCAUAUUCGAAGCAUGAGGAAGAGCGACUUAUCCGCGUGUGGAUUUCGCCCCAUGGUACCGACAUUAACUUGGAAAUCCUCCAGCACCCAAUUUUCAAAAUCCACACCCACUUUGUCGAAAACCACUGGUACCACGUGUGCCAGUCUUGGUCCUCGUCACACGCCUCCUGGUCACUUUACCUCAAUGGAAAGUUAAAAUCGAGCGGUUUCGCGCCUCAGUUACGAGGCAGCAAAAUCAAAGGCGGCGGCGAUAUCGUGGUGGGGCAGGAGUACACGGACUUCGACAAGGGAUUGGACGACGGGAUCGAAGGGGACGUUUUCGGGUUCAAUUUCGUCCUAUCACCAACCUCCCACUCGUCACAUGGCGACUUCCCCUCACGCGGCCAUUACUCCACCGAAAUCCCCUCCGUUUUAAGCUACUUUUCGGUUGAACCGAACCGACAACCGAAACUUUUUGACUUUUUUGAAAGUAUGUGGUCGUUUUUCAACCCAACGCAUGCGAUUAAAGUGGUUCCCAAAAAAAGGGGGCACUUUGGGGCAAGGGUUGCCAACGAUAUUGAAGAGUACUCGCCCAAACCAACAGGGCUAAAGUUGGUAGAACUGAGCUAUCAUUGUGCUUUGGGCAAAGGAGCGCCAGUUAGUGGCAAAGAUGUGUUGAUUAGUUGGACGAAAACGCCGGUUAGGGUGUUCGGAGGGGCCAUUUUGAAGAAUAUAAAGCCAUUUUGCACGUGAUUAUUUAUUCGAGUGUGGUGAACAUGCAGUAUUUAAUGUAGGUUUAGUGUUGUUGUUGUUGUUGUUUUCCGUGAAUAAAUAAAAUUAUUUUCGUAAUAAA